UUCAAGAUUUAAACCAAUUUCUUAUCUAUGACAAUGUGUGUAUGAUAGUAUCCACGAUACUUUCAUACUUUGCUGGUCUACAAAUAAGAUUCAAAAAUGAAUUGUGGAAGAGCCUGAUAAAAAGUCCCUGUUUCAACACUAUGCUAUGAUACAAACUAGUGGCAAACCAGAGAUUUUUCAGAAUCAGUUCAUUUUUAAUUUCCUCAUCUACUUUAUAUUUUAAUCAAUUUCUUCCUUAUGAUAAUGGCAGUAUCCUAGAUAUUUACUAGUAUACUUAAAGGAAUCAGUCAAUCAAAAAUGUACUUGAGGAAGGGCAACAAGAAAAUGUUCUCCUCUGCCACUAUACAAUAUAAUGUAGAUUAUAGAAGCCAAUUGAUGAGAAUUUUUAGUUUUAAUUCAUUACCUGAAUUUGAAUUAGUCAUAUAGCUGAUGUGGAAUAAUGAAAUUAACUGUGCAAUUUUGAUUCUCACACCCAUUGGCUGAAACUUGCUUGAUUCCUUGAUAUGUGUCCUGACAGUCCUGUGAAUGAAUAUUAAUGACCUUAUAAGUUAAAGUUAUGACCUACCUAAAUUAAAGUGCUAAAGCCUAAAUUUGUUUGAAAUUUGUUGAGGCAGAAGCUGAGCAGGCUGGAUUUAGGCUAGACUCCAUUAUUCAUAUUCCUAAAAGUAUACUAACAAAUUAAUAAUUUCAGGUAAUAUGACUAUGAAGCUCUCAUCCAGCUGGCAAACUGCUGAUGGCUUCAUCAUUGAUAAUGGAUUUCAGGUGUGCACCGACGUGCCUGCUGCUCUCCCAGAUCUGCUGUUGGAGGAGAAAUCUUUUGUGCUGAUGCCAGAUGAUAAGACGGCCUCUCCCUGCAGCCUCGUGCUACAGUGUGGCGAUGCUGCCGCUGUCUCCUCCGUUACGCUGGUUUCUGAGUCGAGACUGGUAGAAGUUUUUAUUGGCGAUUAUGGAGAAUAUUACACAAGCAUAAAAAGCAGCAUUAUGGAGAAAUUUCAUGAUUCAAUUAUAUGCAGAACUGACAUUAAGUUGGAGAAACCAUGCACCAAAGUCAAGUUAUUACUCAAAAACAACUAUGAUGACACAUCUGUUAUGAUCUAUGGAGUUUUUGCCCAAGUGCAAGAAGUGUCUUCGGGGAACGCGCAUCAAAACUCAGCUGGGAGGUUCUCAAGCAGGCAGCUGAGCUCUCUGGUAGCAGAGAGGAACCUGCAUCUCUCAGACAAGGCUUUGUCACUCAAAAAGCUAGUGGAACUUUAUAAUGACAACCUCGAGAACAAUUCUGCCACGUCACUGAGCAGCUUCAUUCCUCUUAUGGGCAUGGGUUUAUCACUCGGUCGUGCGCCAGAUAAUGGGUGCAGUCAAGUUGCAGGGCAGUCGAUCAAAUCCGUUCCAAACGUUAAAUGGAACUGCAAAGAAACCUCAAAUGAAAACCUUCAUGAUGCAGCAAGAGGAAAUAAUAACCAUAUGCAUUCCAAUAAUUCUCACAGUAUUUUUGGUUCUGAAAGACAAUCACGGCUUAUUUCAAACGGUAACACUGAUAAUAAAGAAAAUGUGAUUACUGCAGUUGAUGGUCUAAAAAACUUGAAUAAAGAUGAUCUGUUAGAGAUGUUUAGUCAAAAUUUGAAUUUUAAGAAUCUAGUAGGAAUGAAGGUCCCAUCACCAGGAGCUGGGCAUGUCAAGUUCAACAAGGACUUUGCGUCUGCUGAAGAUCGCUGUUCUCAGCUCAUGGGAGUAAACAAUUCUACUAUGAAGCUGGAGCAGUUGGAUGUAGUGAAUGGAGUUUUAGUCUCCGAAUCUGGUCGUGAUGCAUCUUUUUCAACAUCAAUGAAGGCCCCUUUUGUCAGCUCUGAAAUAGCAGUCAGCUCUCCAACAACCACCAACAAUAUCGCACUCCCAACAGGUAGUCAAGUUUCAGUUGUGUCCUCAAACUCGUCAAGCUAUCAGUGCCCAGUGACAGUCUCCUCUGUUCCUCACACAAAUACUUCCCCUGCAGUGACAGCCAACAAAGAAAACACCAGAGCAGCCUGUGAGCAGUCGAGCCUGGCUGCCCAUAAAGGACCAAGUGAAGGGAUUCCCCUCAGCGAGUCAGCAGCUGCUACUUUCGCCCCAGCGGUGUGUGGGUGUGGACGGCUUCAGCAAAUUAUAAACGAGCGGCUUGACAAACUCGAGUCCAGACUUGAAGACCUAUUUGAAACUAAGCUACAGAACUUCGUGGAUGCCAGGUUGAGUUCUUUUGAAGCUCGGUUGGAACAAAUCGUGGCCGAGAAAUUAAGGCCUAGUGCUGACCCAGAAAUAAUAUUAGGUCACGACAGUUAGUGUG